CUGCUAUCGUUCGUCUUUCUCGUUUUUGCGACGCACCACGUGGCGGUUGUCGUCUUUCGAUCGUCAAAGAAGAAGCAGUAGCUUUCUUUGCAGCGGGAGUCUUCGUCCAGGAUGCACAAGAACAAAUAGAGAGGAUAAGUAAAUAAAUCCGCAGACGCACCCUUUAGUAAAGAAAACAAAGAUGGGCUACCUUCGGCAACUUUUGGAGCAGCAGGGAAGCGGCACUUCUCUAUUUGGUGCGACAGAAGGGGAGCAUGUACAAGUACAUCAGCGUGCGAGCACCCGGCAGGACGCCACAUCAAGGAGUACUAGCAGUAGUGCAGUUUAUUUCCCGCCUGAUUCAACCGCAGCGACGCAAAGGUUGCAGCGUCGAAAAAUCACAACGACUUUCUUGGCUGGCGACCCUGCGCACUGCACGCGGGACUACGACCACCACUGUCCGGAGGGGUGGUUUGACACUGACGGUCGCGGGAACUGCUGGCCUCCGCACAGCUAUCAAGGUCCCUGCCAGAACCUUUUCGUAGGUUCCAACUCCAGCGUGAGUGAGAAGGAAACGCACAGUCAUCGGUGCCGGGUCAAGUGGCCCUGUGUCCCGGGGUCGGUACCGAAAAAUGACGCGAAGGGGCUGCCGAAAGUGCAGCGCGCGGAGGACUUCGGGCACAUUUGCCCCGACGGGUGGGUGCUGAUGAAGAAGGGAUCGGCGGAGAGGCCCUCGUACGUGUGCAAAGCGCCGGAGACCUAUGCCGGUCCGUGCUUCCCCGUGCAGAAUCUGAAGGAUCUGACCCCCAGCGAACGGAAGGUCUGGGGGCGGCUCUGUCACGAACGGUGGCCUGAGGUGCCGAAACCGCAGGUCUGCCCCGGCGGCGAGGAUUGGGACUACCCUUGUCCGCGGGGUUGGGACUGGAUCCAGAAAGACAACACCUGUAUCGCGCCCCCAGGCUGGCUAUGGAUUGCAAAUAAUAUAUCGAGGUCACAGCUGGAAGAUUGCGAGUUUUGUCGUGCCUGUCCGCCUCUCAUACAGAAAUGCACUUCGUCAUGUUGAGUUUUUAACACUACGUGCAUAUAAAGCAGCUGUUGAAAAAGAAUAACCCUCCAUGAUGCUCGGCUUGGUAGCACUAUGCAUUGCACGCAUCUUUUUUCGAACCCUUUUUUCACAUGCGUGAGUCAUAACUACUUUCCAGAGGGCCCAGACAAAUGUUUGCAUUCGAUACUUGCGGUCGCCCGUCGAGGAUCCGAACCUCUGUUCCUCCGCGGUGCCGGCAUUUACGAACAAGGACCUGAAGCGCAUCUUCGUGGAGACCUGCCAGCUUGACGGGUGGAGCUGCCUGCAGCCGGGCGCGUGCCCCGGUGGGAGCUACCACUUCUCCGAAAGCUGUCCGCGGGGCUGGCUGGAGUUCAAGGGGUUUUGCCUCCCGCCGAAAAACCCCACACUGCUGCGGGAGACGAACGAAGAGUGUCGACACCCCUGGUUCAUUUCGGAUCUCGGCAACAUCGCGAGCUUGACCAAGAUGUUCGGCAAGGAGCGCGUCGGGCGCAUCCAGAUCCCGGCGACGGUGGUGGACAAGGGCAAGUACCUGUUUUCACAAGUGUGCGGGGCGGUGUGGAGCUGUGACAAUCCGGAGGACAACAAAACGGCCGAAGAGGGGAUCAAUAAGCCAGUGAUGGCGGAACUGUGAUGAAAACGAAACUUCCGAUUUAAAUGUUUACAUGGCUGUUUUUUGUAAAAUAGGCUAGUGUGAUUGUGAUACAUAUUGAUUUUGUUUUGGAUCAUCCGGUGUCCAUCAUGCCAAGCAAUGUAGAU